GCUGCGCGGGUAUUCGGCUGGCGGGCGCUGGUGAACCGAGCCCCGAGCUGGGGAGUUGGUGCGGGUCCUCUUGAGAACGUUCUCCGAAGCCACCGUGAGUCUGGGGAAGGAGCGCGGGCGCGUCUAGUCAGGAAAGUGGUCGUCGAACGGAGCUUCCCUCAACCUUCCGUCAGCCGGUCCGCAGCCGGUCCGCAGCGGUGCGCCGAGAGUGCGCAGUGCUCACCUUCAACGUCCGGCCAGUACCCAGUAUAUUCCCAACCAGCCCAUAGUGUGGAGUGGUGACCUGUUUGUGAUCCUUUUACUUGGGGAUCAUGCAGAGAGCUUCACGUCUGAAGAAAGAACUGCACAUGUUAGCCAUAGAACCUCCCCCAGGCAUCACAUGCUGGCAGGAAAAGGACCAAGUGGAUGACUUGCGAGCUCAAAUAUUAGGUGGAGUGAACACACCUUAUGAGAAGGGUGUUUUCAAUCUGGAAGUUAUCAUUCCUGAGAGGUAUCCAUUUGAACCUCCACAGAUCAGAUUUCUGACUCCAAUCUAUCAUCCAAAUAUUGAUUCUGGUGGAAGGAUUUGUCUAGAUGUUCUCAAAUUGCCACCAAAAGGUGCUUGGAGACCAUCCCUCAACAUUGCUACUAUAUUGACCUCUAUUCAGCUGCUCAUGGCAGAGCCCAACCCUGAUGACCCACUGAUGGCUGACAUUUCCUCAGAAUUUAAAUAUAAUAAAACAGCUUUUCUCAAGAAUGCCAGACAGUGGACAGAGAAGCAUGCAAGACAGAAACAAAAGGCUGAUGAAGAAGAGAUGCUAGACAGUUCAUCAGAGGUCAGUGACUCUGAGGUCUGUAACUCGACACAGAAAAGGAAGGCCAAGCCCUUGGGAAGCAUUGAAAAGAAAUUUCACCCUGGUGUUGAGAGGGUUUGUCCUGGUCCCUCUUAGUUAAUGCAUUCCUUGACAAGGUAGUCUCAUUUGCUUACCUUUCUUGAAUGUUUUCUUUGUAUUUGAUGACAUUAGAAUUUUUGUAUCCUUAUAAAAAACUGUAUAUUUAUGUAUUCUGCUAUACAGUGAUUCUACAUAUAGUUUGUUUUAUUUAUCUUGUAUAUACGUAUUUUGAAAACUUUUAAAUUUGAAAAAUAAAUAAUACUUAAUGUUAA